AUGGCCAAGAGGUUGUUGGCAAGAGGAUCAAGGUUUACUGGCUGUUGGAUAAUAUCUGGUACGAAGUACAAUGAUGCUGAAGAAGAGUUGUUGGAUUUGGGAAAGGAGAAGAUCAAAUGGGUCCAAGAAACCGUCAAGACCUUGAAAUGUUUGAUGCGAGGCCCUUUGUUGACUUCCAACGAGGUCGUUGUGGAUGAUGAGGAUGAGGAUAAGGAAGGCAGCAAUGAUGUUGCUGACGAUGAUUCCAGUGACGAGGACUGGGGGAAGAGUGAGGACAAAGACCUAGUUGUUGAGGAGGAAGAGGAGCUUAUGGAAUUGGAGGAUGAGCGAUAUGGCUUCUCAAAAAGUCACAUAUACCUUUCAAAACUCAGUCACGUGGCCAUCGCGUGA